GAGUGAGAGAGAGAGAUUCAUAUAAAUAAAACUAUUUAUUUAUAAAUAUUCAUUUAUAAUACUCGAGUAAUAUCUGUAUAUUAUUCAAAAUACUGAGUAGGCUACUAGUGUGCUCGGGACACUUUGUUUACGUUAAUAUGCAAGUUUAGGACACAUAUUAUUUAUCAAAUUAAAAGUACGGAAAAUGGAGCCCGAGGGAGGAGAGUGUCCCGCCACAGAUGGAGGAGCAUCGGUUACCAAAGAUGUUCAGAGCUUAGCUAAGAUUUUCAAGACGGAAUCAGAUGCCAAGUACAACAUUGUGGACAUCCAGACGCCUCUCAAUGCUUUCAUGUCUGGACAGUACAAACGUAGUUGCGCCUACCACACAAUCCGGAAUCAUCUGCCCGUGAUACUCACAAAAGUCAUAGACUCGCUCACGAGGGACAAGAACGAGGUUGUCGCACAAUUCGGUGAGAACGCGCGUGAGGAACUGAAGAUCAUCAUUGGACUGAUUUCCCGGCUAAAGUAUGAGCUUCAAACGAACAAACCCUUCCAGCACUUUACCGGAGAUGAGGUCGAUCGAGAUAUGUGGAAUAACUUCAUCAAUCAUUUGUCAGAUGAGGGGCGCACUUUUUAUAGAGCCUGCUGGAUGCACACCGAGUGCUAUAUGUACCGCAAACUCUACUCCUUCGUGGAGAACAGCAUCUUCCUGAAAGAGUUCGAUUACUUUGCCAAGGUUAAAGAGCAUUCACUUACCAGAUGCCAGGAUGAAAUACUGGCACUCUCCAAAUACACGCGUCGUACUGAAAACAGCAUCGAGAUGUUUAGCGAGUUGCUGAAACUGGAUUUAUGGAGCAAUCGCAAUGAUCUCUCGGAAGAUGACGAGGCGCGUAUGUUUAACAUGAAGGUACUGGAGGAUGUGAUGGUCACAGAUGAUUAUAUACUCGUCAAGAAUGUUGACGAGAUCUGGAACUGUUUGUUAAACAAAAAAACAGAUAGACAACAGGUUGAUUUUGUACUGGACAAUGCCGGCUAUGAACUCUUUACCGACUUGAUAUUGGCCGAGUACAUCAUCGAAAAUGGAAUGGCCGACAAGGUGCGAUUUCAUGUCAAGGCACAUCCAUGGUUUGGGAACGCAAUCACAGCUCGCGACUUCCAUUGGACGCUACAGUUUCUCAGAAAUCAUUCUGACUACAUUAUUAGUCUUAUAGGACAGAAAUUUCUGCAAUUUUUAAAGGAAGGCAAAUUCGAACUGGCACCCACUUCGCAUUUUUGGACUGCACCCCAAGCUUUCCACAGCAUGCGCACUAUUGAAUCGGAACUGUACAAAACUCUGCAGGAGUCAAAGCUAAUCAUAUUUAAAGGAGAUUUAAACUAUCGUAAACUGUUAAGCGACGUUUGCUGGGAACCUACACAGCAUAUUAUAACAUGCUUAGGCGGCUUUAUUCCCAGCAAUUUGUGCAUUCUGCGCACAGUGAAAUCUGAGGUGAUAUGCGGUCUUCCGCCAGGUGUCUAUGAAGAUCUGUUGAAAAAAGACCCUCAAUGGAUGAUUACUGGAAACUAUGGCAUAAUUCAGUUUGUGGAUGGCUCUCGCGAAUUCGGUUAUUAAUAGAUAAAAUUCUGUAUCAUAUGCUUUUUAAUUUAAAUUAAAACCAAAUAUAUAUAUAUCUGUAGUUAAAAUAUA